CUCGUCCUUCCGAAAUCUUUAGCUUUAUUGCAGUUAUUUUUUUUUUUAUCUUUUUGGCAUUCUUGAUAGAUUGCAAGAGUUGCAUAAAGAAUGGAGCAAGCACCAUCGACGGAUCGUGAAAAAGAGACAAAUGCCGUUACAGAUCCGGUGUCUGCAAAAGAGCCUGUAAACGAUACCGUAGAAUCAACCGCGACAACCAACGUGGAAGCAGAUACGGUGAAUGAUGCAGCGGAAGCAAAAGAGGAACCUUCAACGAAUGCCGAUAAUACCCCACCAAAAGAAACCGCCCAUCCUGCAGAAACGUCUAUUCCAACCGCAGGGUCGACAAGACCUCCACCACCGCCACCGUCCGUGUCACCUCACGGAUCACCCAUGAUGGUUCUUCCACCCGGGUGGACAGAGCAUGUAGCUCCCACAGGUCAACCGUAUUGGCACAAUUCAUUCACGGGACAAAGUUCAUGGGUUCGGCCACCUCCCGUACCGUUUGUGCCUAUGCCACCGCGACCCAUGCCGCCUUUUAUGCCCGUUGCCCAAGGAGCACCUGUCGCCUCGGUACCCUCGGUGGCGCCAGUACUAAAGAAGCAGAAGCAGAAAAAGAAAAAAAUUCCAGGCACCAAUUGGCUUUUUGUACUUUUGGAAGAUGGCCACGAAUUUUAUUACGAUCGCGAUACGAAAAAGUCGGUUUGGGAGAUGCCUGAAGAGUUGGCAGAACCGAUGGAACAGUUACGGAAAAAGGAGGAAGAAGAAGCGGAAGCACAAAAGAAGCGAAAGUUAGAAGAACAAGAAGAAGAAGCAGCCCAGGGAGAAACUAAACGGCAAAAAUCAAAUGGAGCCGCGGAAGCCCAGGAGGCAGGCGAAGCAACGGAAAUGACGGAAGAGGAUAUUAUGUGGCAAUUGCAAAAUAUGGCUCCGGAAGAAAUUGCCGAACUUGGCAUUGAUGUUCCUGGAGAUCAAGAUGCAGCGGAAGCAAAAGCAGAGGAAACAGUGGCAAAAGAUAGUCAAACUGCUGUUGCUCCUGCACCGGCCGUGCCAGACAUCUCGGAAGAAGAACGAGUGGAACAAUAUACACAAAUGCUGGCAGAGGUGGAUAUUGAUCCAUUUUCAACGUGGGAAAAAGAGUUGCCCAAAUUUGUUGGUGACAAAAGGUUUGCAUUGGUCACUUCAUCCAGCAAACGAAAGAAUCUGUUCAACAACUUCUGCCGUGUGGCAGCUCAGAGAAUCAAAGCACAAAGUGCCACUGCAAAGUCACCUGAGGAAGAUUAUGAAGAUCUUUUGGAGGAAAAAGCCACGGCAACGAUGUAUUGGGAAGAUUUCCGUCGCAAGGUGAAGGAUGAUCGACGUUUCAAAGCGAUACGUGAUCCCAAAAUACGUCAGGCCAUGUUCAAAGAUUACAUCAAAGAUUUGCGGAAACGCCACGACAAGCCCAAGAGAAAAGAAGACGCGUACAUGGAUUUACUACAUGAAACCAAAGAAAUCCGCAUCGGCAUGCGAUGGCGCGAUGCUAAACUUAUUUUGGAAAAGGAUCCGCGAUACCGAGCCAUUGAAUCAAGAACACUACGAGAAGAUUUGUUCCGUGAUUAUUUGGAAGAUCUCGAAGACGAGAAACGGCAUAAACAUCACAGGCAUUCAUAAAGCAAGGAAAAAAAAAAGUCAUAAUAAAAAAGAAACAGGCAUUCAUUUUAAUCCCCCUCACACAGUCCAAACCCGUUGAGAAAAAAAGAAUAAGGGAAAAUAAAGUAAAAAUAACCUAACA